AUGAAGCGCUUUAUGGAGAGUACAUCCAGCGGCGGAGGUGCACGGCCGAAGUACGUCCUCGGCGGGAGGAAGCGUGACGAAGGAAAUGCUUAUGAAACGGUCGCCCACGCCGCGUGCGCCGCGCCGGAAGCGGAGGCGCAGCGCACGCUCGGCACACUCGGCGGCGCAGUGUGGCUGGGCCUGCCGGAACAAUCGAUUGAACGGACACUUGUUUCCAACACAACGCACGAAGUCCGGCCUCAACUAGCGGCGUUCACUAAACAACGUGAUAAUACAAAAAGAAGUCAGAGGUUACGAUGUUAUCGAGGGAGACAUGAAUAUUCGAAGACGCGAGGGUCACGAGUGAACGGUCGUCGUAGCAUCGCGCCGCGGCGUGAAUGGAACGACCGACAUUUUAUGAAUCGAGAGCCGUCGCCCAUUGAGCUGAGUGCGGCGAGCGGCGAGCGCCGACGGUGCGCGCGCGCAGCACCGUCGGCGCAGGGCCCACAGCUCGGGCCCGCACCGGCGCCGGUUCCGGCCCCGGCGGAAGUGACGCUCCAACCGAACAUGGCGGCGCGCACGCAGGAAGUGCGCAGCUUACCUAUCGGGACGUCUCCGCCGGCGGCGGGCGCAGGCGACACCCGCCGCCGUCCAGCGCUCGAGCAGCGCACGCGAGCCCGCAUGCGCCGAUACCGAUAUCCGCAAAAAGCGCUCGCAGCCCGCAGCCCGAGCCGACACGGACUUGCACACGCGAACCGCUUCCCCGCUGCGGGGAGACUGAUGAGGGCAGGCCGCGCCGGCGCCGGCGGAGGCUCCGACGCAUGCGCACACCGCCGUCCGUCCCUUUCCGCGGGCGCGCCAUCGCUGCGGAGCGAGCGGGACGACGACAACUCAUUAUCACAGCGCCGACUCGUGAACACCAAUAGAUCGAGGAGUAGGGACAAAAUAUUCGACCUUCACUUCACAACGCACACGAGCGCGUGCGCUGAUCGCGUCGCGACACUUGCACACACAUGCGCGCUGCUCGCAAAUUGCUGGCGGCCGUCGCCGUGCCGCCGCCGCGCCGCCGGUGUGCUACAUUUGACAAUUUUUCCAGAAAACUGCCAUGCACCGUCACCGUGGGCGACGCGCGCCCGCCGCCACGUGGCCGCUCGCCACCACUCCGCACUACACACUGGCUACAUCACUCUCUAG